ACAUGAGUAGAUGGAGCGGAGAAGAGAUCUAGAGAUCGAGAGAGAGAGAGAGAGAGAGAGAGAGAGAGAGAGAGAAACAGAAUGCACCACCGGGCCGCGGGCCGAUCGCCGUCGGAUCCGAAUCGGAUGGCGGCGGAGCUCCCGCUGGUGGUCUCCCUCAACUGCCUCGAGGACCCGUCCCUGGAGCGGGAGGCCCUCGCCGGCGCUGCUGCCGUGGAGUACGUCGGCCUCCCCGGCCUCUCCAGUGGCCGGAUCGAGUCUGCCACCGCCGUCCUCAUCCACUCCCUCGCCCUGCUUCCCCGCGCCGCCCAGCGCCGCCUCCGCCCGUGGCAGCUCAUCCUCUGCCUCGGCUCUCCGGACCGCGCCGUCGACUCCGCCCUCGCCGCCGACCUCGGCCUCCGCCUCGUCCACGUCGACGCCAACCGCGCGGAGGAGGUUGCCGACACCGUCAUGGCCCUCUUCCUCGGCCUCCUGCGGCGAACCCACCUCCUCUCCCGCCAUUCCUCCUCGUCUUCUGCCGCCUCCGGCUGGCUUGGAUCCAUCCAGCCACUGUGCCGGGGGAUGCGCCGAUGCCGCGGCCUCGUUCUUGGGAUCAUUGGGAGGUCCGCCUCUGCCCGGUGCUUGGCCACUAGGAGCCUGGCCUUCAAGAUGAGCGUCCUCUACUUUGAUCUCCAUCACGAGGUGAAUGGAAAAUCCAGACGGUCUUCAAUUGCAUUCCCUGCUGCUGCUCGAAGAAUGGACACUCUCAAUGAUCUGUUGGCGGCAAGUGAUCUUGUUUCACUUCAUUGCUCGCUAUCAGAUGAUACCAUGCAUAUUCUAAAUGCAGAAUGCUUGCAGCACAUAAAGCCAGGGGCAUUCGUAGUGAACACGGGUAGCAGUCAACUAAUAGAUGAUUGUGCACUAAAGCAGCUCUUGAUUGAUGGUACUAUAGCUGGCUGUGCAUUAGAUGGUGUUGAAGGGCCACAGUGGAUGGAAGCAUGGGUAAGGGAGAUGCCAAACGUGUUGAUUCUUCCUCGAAGUGCAGAUUACAGUGAAGAAGUGUGGAUGGAAAUAAGAGAAAAAGCAAUCACAAUAUUGCAAUCUUUCAUCUUUGAAGGAGUUGUACCAGAAAUUGCUGUUUCUGAUGAGGAUGACAUGAGCGAAGCUGGUUACGAAGAUGUGCAGUCAGAGAAACGAGUAAAAGAAAGUCCUUUUCAGGUUCAAGAUUGUGAGCAACAGACAGAUGAGAGCCAUUUGAGUUCAGAGUAUACUAAGACAAAAGGUAUCCAACAAUUCAAGGAAUCCCAAGGUUCAGGUAUAUCUCAAAACACUGGAUCUAGAUCUGAAGGGAGGUGCAGUAGAUCUGGUAGGAAAGGUAAGAAGAGACCUGCUCGACGUAGAUCCCAGCAGAAAUCAGAUGAUUUUUCAGCAGUUGAAAGUGAUACUAAUUAUAAUUCGCAUCGUGGUGAUGAUACUGCCGUAAGUGGCAGGGAUCAAUUACUAAGUUCCAGUUCUAGAUUUGCUUCUCCCGAGGAUCCAAAAAGUAAGCAAAUGUGCCUUUUUGAACCAAUGAUGGAAACAAAAUCAGGGAAGCAAGUGGCAUUAAGCACAGAGCUUAACAGUAAAUCACCUGAUCGGCUGAAAGAUGGAUUCAUUGUAGCCUUGCAUGCAAGAGGUAAUUCAGGAUUUCAUGUGGCUAGACAAAGGGUUCCUGGAGGUGGUUGGUUCCUUGAUACAGUCACCAAUGUAACAAAAAGGGAUCCUGCUGCGCAGUUUGUUGUUGCUUUUAAAAGCAAGGACAUACUCGGAUUGCGAUCUUUUGCUGCUGGGGGUAAACUGUUGCAGAUUAACAGAAAAAUGGAAUUCAUAUUUGCAAGUCAUAGUUUCGAUGUGCGGGAGAGCUGGAUGCUGGAAGGUUCAGUUCUGGAACAAUGCAAGUUUGUCAAUUGCAGAAAUCCAUUGGCUGUCUUGGAUGUAAGCAUCGAGAUUAUUGCAGUGCUGAAUGAAGAUGGUAUUACUAGAUGGCUCGAUUAAUGCUUUCUCCUUGUGGGAAUCGCAUUAAGUGAAACCACUGAUCCUUAUUUUUGGUUUGUUCUGUUUGUUUACUUGGAAGCAAUUUUGAAUGAUCUUGUGCGUGGAAUUCAUAUCCCCAGUUUGUAUCAAGUUUCCUUGCACCUAAUCAUGCACUAAAGCUUUCCGAGUG